AUGUGGGAUGACUCUAUCGACAUUUCGACUCCGAAAAAUCUUUCAAUUGCCUUGAGGAAGGUUUUCAAUCCAGCUGAAGUCCAAGAAAUUUUGCAUAAUACCAGUACUGAGGUCAUCAAGUCGAAACUGACCGGUGUCACCGGCAAAGUGGUCAAGGAGCUUGGGGCAUUUGGAUGCCCCUGGUUUUGGGUUCACGAUGGCAAAGGGAAUGCCGAACCCUUUUUCGGUAGCGAUCGUUUCCACUACAUGUGGAACUUUCUGAAUUUGCCUCAUCAGGAUCUAGAAUAA